AUGUCUUCGUUGACAGACAUGAAUUACCCGCCGAGCGCAAAUGCACCCAUGGCAUCCUCAUCCUCGCCUCCUGCCUCCACGCCCUCUCCUUCAACUUCGAGUGCCACCACGGCCCAUUCGUCUGCCGCGCGCCGACCUCCGCGCAAGAGCACUUUGACUCAACAGCAAAAGAACAACAAACGCCAACGGGCUACCCAGGAUCAACUUGUCACUCUGGAAGUGGAAUUCAACAAGAACCCUACCCCCACUGCGUCUACCAGAGAGCGCAUCGCCUCAGACAUUAACAUGACCGAGCGAUCUGUUCAAAUCUGGUUCCAGAAUCGUCGCGCUAAAAUCAAGAUGCUGGCGAAAAAGAGCAUCGAGACCGGUGAAGGAUGCGAUUCGAUCCCUGAGUCGAUGCGACACUAUCUCGCGAUGCAAUUCGACCCGAACAAGCCCGGUGCAAGAGAUCCCUUUGGACGUGCGGGCGCAUACAGUGCGUCUAACAUGUACACAAACGAUGCCAACCCCUCUGGCAAAGUUGUGAUUUCUCACUUCACUUGCCGUUCCUUGACCGUCGGAAGUUGGCGGCGCAUUGGACAGAACGCCAUGGACUUGGUCGUUUUCUACUCCCCCGAUAAGGCUUGCAUGACAUACUACAUCAACAACGAUGCCGCCGGAUAUAAGAUCGAGUACCCUUUCUCAUACAUCAAGAACAUCACUUUGGAAACCGGUGAUCCCUCUCCUGGUCCGAACGGGGCACCCCCUCGGCCAGGUGGUCUUGUUGUGGAACUGAACCGCCCACCGCACUUCUACAUGGACUCAUCCAACUCUGGAGGUUUCUACCAGUGUGGUGAUUUCACCGAGGAACAGCAAGCCAGCCAGAUCAUGGUUCAUCACCUGGGAGGCCACCCCAAGGUCUUGAGCGUUCAGCUCGCCAAGCUGGUGUCGUUGGAAUCCUUCCAGAACCGUCUGGCUUAUAACAACAACAGCUUUGCUGUGCCUGAUGCGCCAGCUGCCAUGUCCCCACCUUUCAUCCAGCGCCCAGCCUCUCAACCCAACCAGUUCGCCGCUCCCACUUACAUGAACAUGUACCAGGACAGCAACCACCUGGGCUUCAAUAUGCCUGCGGCUCGUGGCCACAAGCGCCAACGAAGCCGUUCAGUGCCUGCUGCCGUUGAUAUCUCGACAUUCCAGAGUCCCAUGGGUUCCUUCCAUGUGCCGCCACCACCUCCGCCUCCGUUUAACCACACCGAGGCUGGUAUCUACGCGCCUGUCCCGCAGUCCGUGCACCAUCUUCCCACCGACUUGCGCAUCGACACCCAAGGAUAUGGACUGGAUUUCCGGACUAAUCCUAUGUCUGCUACCACCACUGGCUCGCCCCCUGAAUUUGCUAGUCCAAUGUUCAGCAACGCUGGCCAGGGCGAGUCAACGCCAGUCGCUAGCAUGGCUCCUCAGUUCAAUGUCCCCUAUGUCUCAGGAGGCUCAACCGAUGCCUCAACCAUGGGCUCCCACGCACCUUCCCCCUACUCCAGCGUGAGCCCUGCGGACCCAUUGAUUGCUAACCACUCGCCGCCACUGUCCAACAUGUCGCACGGUUCGUCCGACAUGUACAACUUCUCGCAUGAUCAGCAGUCUGGCUUCGAUGAUGGACUUUCAAUGAACGAUAUGUACUCGAAGCACCAGGUCAACUUUGGCAUUUCUCAUGAGAACUCUAGCUUCGAGCUGCCUGUGCAUGGCCUCUCUGCCCACCCCUCUCCCGGCAUGGGUGACUACUCCCACGACAUGACCAACUUGGACGAGAUCAACUCACAGGGCAUGCCAACCGGGUCAUGA